AUGGAGAGUGUAUUAGCAGAAAUAUUUGGCGACGUCUUGCUUUCACGUCUUUAUCCACAAAGUUUCGUCGCCAAAAGUGGUAUAAAUAAAACACGAGCUAUUCUUUUAAAUGAAUUGCCUGGCACUGGAAAAAGUUUGAUCGCUCGAACUGGGUGUGAUAUAUUAAACGUAACUCCGAAAGUAAUACGUGGUUCAGAAAUCUUUUCAUUUAUGUUGGGUCAAUCAGAACAAAAUAUUCGAGAUUUGUUUGAAGAUGCUCGUCAAGAUCAACGUAACCUUGGUUCCAACAGUAAAUUACACGUGAUUGUAUUCGACGAAAUCGAUGCUGUCUGCAAAAAUCGAACACAGAGUAAUUCAGUACGUGAUACUGUGCAUAAUAAUGUUACUGCUUAG